CUUCUCUGUCUACGCCUGUGUGCCGUCCCUGGACCUCGGUUGGUAGGAGAGAAUGGCACACACGUGUUUGGACUAGUGCAUUGGAAAGGCUGCGAUGAGUGAGGAUUGAGGAUUGACAAAUCCAGGCCUCAAUUUAAAUGUGACUGUCUCCCUGGACAUUGUCAUCCUGAACAAGAUGUGGAGAAAGAGAAGGAAACCCACAAUUACCUCAGCAAAGAGGAAAUCCAAGAGAAAAUUCAUAAAUACAAUUUAGCAGUCACAGACAAGUUGAAGAUGACCUUGAAUCCGAAUGGGACUUACACUGGCUUCAUCAAGGUGCAGAUGGAGCUCUGCAAGCCCCCGCAGGCGCCCGCUCCCGGCAACAGCGGCUGCAUGAACACUCUUCACAUCAGCAGCACCAACACCGUGGGGGAAGUGAUCGAGGCCCUGCUCAAAAAGUUCCUUGUGACCGAGAGCCCUGCCAAGUUUGCACUUUAUAAGCGUUGUUACCGGGAAGAUCAAGUCUACGCCUGCAAGCUCUCAGACCGGGAGCAUCCACUGUACCUGCGCUUGGCAGCAGGGCCCAGAACAGACACACUUAGUUUUGUUCUCCGUGAACAUGAAAUUGGAGAGUGGGAAGCCUUCAGCCUUCCAGAACUGCAGAAUUUCUUGCGUAUUUUGGACAAGGAAGAGGAUGAGCAGCUGUAUAACCUGAAGAGGCGCUACACGGCCUACAGACAGAAGCUGGAGGCGGCCCUCAGCGAGGUGUGGAAACCCGGUUAAAGGCCGGCUCCCGGAGGCUCAGGGCGCGCAGGGACUGCGGACAAACCAGCAGCGAGUCUCUUCUCGGAGGGCUGUUUCCUGGCCCCGUGAUGCGAGGGUCUUCCCCCUUUUAUCUCUAGAGCUAGCUCUCCAAACCCGGGCCGCAGCCCCUGCGCCUGGCGACCUCUGUCCGGGAUCCCGCGAGCUUGUCUGUUACAGCUGCGUGUCCCUCCCGCGAGCUGGGCCACGUGAUGCUCGGAAGCAUGGACUCUGGGUUUUGUUUUCUCGUCUUCUUUGUUAUUUUAAUUAUUUGAUGAUGAUGUUAAGCUUAAGGAUGUGCAAAUGAUUUUUAAAAAGCUUAACAAGGAA